AUGUCAGUGAGGUUAUGUGAAAAGAGCAAACGAAUAGUUCGUGAACCGUGGCAUCGUUAUAUCCUGCCGGGAUAUGACGACGAAGAUGGUUUUCCGGAGUACCGGUUUAAGUGGAUAUUGUUCGGUGAAGCUAUUUUCUACACAUCAGUGGAUAUGUCCAUUCACCCGAUGGCUUUCUCGUGUUUUUCUCGAGCAAUAUUGAGCGAUACUGAUUUACUGUCGCUUAUUAAUGAACCAUCCAUUGCAUCGAGUUCAAAUACCGAUCCAGUUUUGGCCGUUACCGAAUUUGAAGUAAAAGAUGACGAAAAUGGGUACGAUACCGACGAAGAUAUCGCUCGAGAAAUGGCAGCAUUAGAUUUGCCCACAUCUUUCGGUAGAUCAAGUCGUAAGGGACGAAGUUGUCGUUGUGAACGAAAAUACAGAAAUUAUAUUCGUGAAAAAUCACCGCACCACGAGUGCUUAUCAGACUAUCUGUUUUCCAAUGGCAUGUAUCUGGAGCGAAAGUCGUGGUUCCAUGACUAUCCAGAAUCUUUCUCCACAACUCAAAUAGCUGAAAGUUUUGACAAAUAUACAGAUCGCAAUUGUGCACCAUAUGCUUUGUUGAAAGAACACGAGCAAGCAAGCGCAUUUUUCGGUGUAUCCUAUUCACAAUUAGAUCAUGAAGAGGAAGACUGCUCAGGAUGCUGGUUUCAUUUGAGGAACGGUUCAAUUAAGGACCAAAUAAAAGGAAGUCAUAUGGGUCAGGAAAUGGAAACCUCAGUUAAAGAUGAUAAAAAUCAAUAUCCGGCUAGUGAUCAAGACAAACAGUUAACUGCAGAUGACUUAUUCAAAACCAAUAAUGAUUGGAACUCACUUUAUUUAAAACAUAAGGAGGCCGUAGAAAGUCGUAUUGCGAAAGAUUAUGAGAAAUAUACAAAGGAAUCAGAUAAACGGCGAUGUUCAGAAUUUUCAGAUAAGUUGACCUCAGUUGGUUUAACUUGCAAAAGGAAAGACUCAUCUAGUGAUGAGGACGAUGAUGAUCAUUUGGAGACAGGUAUUCCAGGAUUACAAAGACAGCUUGGUUUCCAUAUCGCCGAUAUUCAUUAUGAUUUUCAAAUACCACCUCGAUUUAUCCAGAAAAACCGAAGAAUCCAUCAACGUACAAGUGAGACUGGGGAUAAUAUUAACGAUUCCACCAUCGUUGAUGCAGAAAAUGUUUUAGAAUCAUCGGACUUCCUUCUCAAAGAUUUUGAUUUUGGCUAUAAUGACAAACGCGACAAAUGGUUGCUUGCAAUGAAUGCACUGAAAACAUUCGUGGAUGAUAAAGACAUGCCUAAAUAUUACAAUCAGCGUUUUCGCCUUUUCUCGAAAUUGAACGAAGGCAUUCUGAUGGACCGUGAAGGAUGGUACUCAGUCACGCCAGAAAGAAUUGCCGCUCAUAUUGCUGAUCGAGUUGUAAUUAUGAAAGAUACUAUAGUAUUAGAUGGUUUCGCGGGAGUUGGUGGCAACUGCAUACAGUUUGCCCUUAAAGGAGCUUAUGUGAUUGCAUUAGAUAUGGAUCCUAUUCGAUUACGUUGUGCAAAACGAAAUGCUGAAAUUUACGGCGUCGCAGAUCGCAUUAAUUUUAUUUGUAUAGAUUUUUUCAACUUUUGUAAAUUUCACUGCGACAAAGUGAAGCAGUUGAAAAUGGGAGUAAGAGAGAAACAAAAUGAUACAUUUCGAUCUCUUGGAUACGAUACUUCAAAGCUAUGGAAAAGGCGAAGAAUCAAGAAGAAAGUUGCGGAUGAUUUUGAACAAGUUCAGAAAAUUGAAAAAAAUGAUGGAUUUGAAGUGGUGGAAAAGACAGAAGCUGAAAAGACUGAGAUUGAAAGAACCAUACUUGUUGAAAUAGAUACGGAUGACGAGGAUGAUUUAGGGAUUAUUAUCGACAAUUGCCAAUACAUGCCUCUUUUUGAUGCCGUUCUGCUCAGUCCACCGUGGGGUGGACCUUCUUACCUUAAGUCGAAGUUAUUCAGUUUGAAGAAUAUGGAACCGAAGGGAGACAAAAUUUUCCGAAUUACGCGGAAGCUAACACAUAAUAUUGCUUAUUAUUUGCCAAGACAAACGGAUGUGAAAGAGUUGAUCCGCUUAUCGAAGGAUACUGGAGGGAUGGUUGAAAUUGAACAGGCUGAAUUAAAUCGAAAAGUGAAGGCAAUAACGGCUUACUAUGGCGAGCUUGCCUGUAAUGCUUCUUGGUAA